AUGGCGGCCAGCAACGAUUCAACUCCCACCGGACGGGGCGACAUGUCUGUGGAUGAGAAGGCCACUGUGAGACGAGAGAACGAUCCUGAAAUGAUACCCGUGGAUAUCGAACCAAUACCUGAAAUUGACCAUGCUGCUGAAGCUCGAUUGACUCGCAAAUUGGAUCUUUACAUCAUCCCGCCGACGAUGCUGCUCUAUUUGUUCUCGUUCCUGGAUCGAGUCAACAUUGGUAAUGCCAGGCUGUACGGCUUGGAAGAGGAUCUAGGCAUGAGCAGUACCCAGUACUCAACAGCUGUCAGCCUGCUAUUCGUCACCUACGUGCUCUGCGAGGUGCCGAGUAAUCUGAUCAUCCGUCGGCUGCGGCCUUCUCGCUACAUUAGUUUCAUCACAGUAGCCUGGGCUAUUGUCGCGACACUCACGGGCGUCGUCCAGAGCUAUGGGGGCUUGAUUGCUUGUCGAUUGAUCCUAGGAGCACUCGAAGCAGGUCUUUUCCCUGGUAUGACCAUAUAUCUAACCGUAUUCUACACAAAGCGGCAGCUUGCUCUGAGAGUCGGCUAUCUCUUUGUGUCUGCUGCCAUUGCAGGAAGCGUGGGGGGCUUGUUGGCGUAUGGAAUUGGGUUUAUGGAUGGAGUCCAAGGGUACAGCGGAUGGCGAUGGAUCUUCAUCAUCGAGGGACUUCCAACAUUUGUGUUGGGUAUUGCGGUCUACUUUUGGCUGGCCGAUGAGCCCGAAACAGCAUAUUACCUCUCAACCGAGGAGCGACAGCUGAUGGUGAUUCAGAAACGACGUCAUGUCGGCCACACAGCGUCCGGCGACCUCCUGCACAAGGAGGACGUAUAUAAGGCGUUCAAGGACUGGAAGGUCUGGAUGUUCGCUGCCGGGCAGUUUGGAGUUGACACUGUGCUUUACGGUUAUUCGACCUUCCUGCCUUCUAUCAUUCGGGGUAUAGGGUCCUGGAGCACGGCCGAGGUGCAGGCAUUGACUGUGCCAUGUUACGCACUAGGCGCCAUCACUUACCUUGUUGUAGCCUAUUUCUCAGACCGUUAUCAGCAACGUGGUCUUGCAGUGGUGCCCUUCUGUCUCAUUUGCGUCGUUGGGUAUGUGAUCCUGAUGACCGACGUCAGCUCGGGAGUUCGGUACUUUGGAUGCUUCAUGGUAGCGUUGGGGUUGUAUGUUUCUGUCGGCAUUCCUUUGGCAUGGCUGCCCUCCAACAAUCCUCGAUACGGCAAACGGACCACUGCCUCGGGCUUACAGCUGACCUUGGGCAAUUCGGCAGGGAUCAUGAGUGCUUACUUGUACAAGCCCAAUGAAGCUCCCCAGUUCAUCCGUGGUCACGCCGUCUCAUUGUCGAUGGUUGGGGUGGGGGCCCUCAUUUACACGUUCAUGUCGGUCUACUUCUUCAGGCGGGCCAAGGCUAGGCAAGCUGGAAAAGAAGAUUCCGUCAUGGCAGGAAAAUUGGAGGAAGAAGUUGCUGAGAUGGGCGACGAGAACCCGAGAUUUGUGUUUACGUACUGA